GUUGGUGUUUAUCAAAUAUUCAAGCUUGAAUGAGCAACAGUCCCAGUCGGCACAACCCCCAAAGUAUCUCUCUCAUAAAAGAGAGGCAUCGUGCAUAACACAGUCAGUUGCCACUUGGAAGUUAAUGGUUACGGAUUGUUGUUUACAAACAUGAAGCGAUUGGCAUUUUUCAUUACAGUCUUGGCCAUUUUGACGGGUGGUAACGCACAGUUCGAGGAUGAUCAGUUCGAUUUGGAUGAGGGCUGGUUCACCAGCGAAAUGUACAAUGACCCGUACUUUGUGCAGUUGAGAAAUAGAGGGUAUACAACCAUUCUACCAGGUACGAAAUGGUGUGGCAGAGGCUCGAUCGCCAAAAGUUUUGAUGACCUUGGAAGAUACAAUCGUACAGACUCAUGCUGUCGUGCCCACGACAAUUGCCCGGACAUCAUGAAACCUAAGGAGACCCUCCACGGCCUCACUAAUCCCUCGUCCUCCACCAGCCUCAGCUGCAAGUGCGACCGUGAGUUCUAUCAUUGUCUGAAGGGGAAUAAAAACUACCCGAGCAAGACCAUUGGAACACUCUAUUUCGACAUUCUGAAGAAGCAGUGCUUCGAGGAAGUGGAUGGAAAAUAUGUGUGGAAACAACCCCAGGCGUUCUCCGAAGGAAAAUUCAUACAGUUUUUGAGAAGACUCUUGUGAUUUGUCUGUUUUAAAAGAGUGUGAAUAUACUCCGGUUGAGUCAUUCAGUGUAACGAGGAAAAAUAAAUUCAAAAGCCGAAA